UCUUCUCCCUCUCUUCUGCGUUGUACUGUAUUUUUACAUCCCUGCUUACGUAUGGCGGAGGCUUAAGUCGGUUCCGCAUUCCCAAACCCUCCCAGAUAGGGAUCGGUAUAAAAACGGGCUGAUGCAACGCUUUCCACUCUUUAAAACCUACGUCCGACCUUCAGCUGACCUGAAAAAAGAACGUCUAUCGGAUUUAGGAGUAAAGUCAGCUGCGCGUGGAGCUGAGCCUGACAUGAUGCCCGGUCAGAUCCCCGACCCCUCGCUGACGGCGGGCUCCCUCCCCAGCCUCGGGCCGCUGGCCGGCAUCCCCGCCGCCGCCACCCUGACGGCCGACGAGCUGAAGUACGCCGACCUCCGCAACAUCGGCGCCAUGCUGUCCCCACUGCACUUCCUGGGCGUGAAGCUGGGCAAGAGACCGGCGCCCAUCAAGGGAGAGAUGGACGAGGAAGAGGAGCGAAGGAAAAGGAGGCGAGAGAAGAACAAGGUGGCCGCGGCGCGCUGUCGAAACAAGAAGAAAGAGCGGACGGAGUUUCUGCAGCGGGAGUCGGAGCGCCUGGAAGUGAUGAACGCGGAGCUGAAGGCCCAGAUCGAGGAGCUGAAGCACGAGAGGCAGCAGCUCAUCGUCAUGCUGAACCGGCACCGGCCCACCUGCAUCGUGCGGACCGACAGCGUCAAGACCCCCGACAGCGAGGCCAACCCCCUGCUGGAGCAGCUGGCUGCCAAGUGAGGGGACUGGCUUGGCUGCUGGGGGCACCCUCUCGCACCCUGGACUUUAAAACAAACGAAACAAAACGAAAAGCUGCUGGAGCCGGCAGCACUGCGAUCUGCAUGAGAAGGAUUUGAAGGAAGUUGAGAUUCCUGGCGAGUUCUGGGGGUCUGAGGUUAGCUGCGCGAGACUAGGGGCUGGCAGCGGGGGGGGGCUGGUUUGGUCUUCCCCGUCCCUCGGAUUCAGUCCACGAGAUUAUUGCUGCCGUCACUACAAACACAACAAACAGUCAUGUCUGUCCGUCAGCGAAACACUCUAACGAGGUUCAGAAGAUCUGUCCUGGUCUCAGGUACUCAGACAGCAACUUCCUUCCUUUUGCCAAUGUAUACUGGUUUAAAUAACAGCUGUAGUAUUUUAUAAUAUUGAUUAUAUCCUGCCCUUGAGUAAGGCAAUCUCCGGUUGAACCGGCUCUAUUGGCGCUGGCGUCAUUAAAGCACAUAUAUAUAUAUAUCUAUUGUUUACAGUCUUGCUGUUACAUCAUUGUUACUUCCAGUUUUACAAUGUAUUUUUAUGAAUUUUUUAUACUGCAAUAUAUAUUAAAAAUAUAUAUGAUGUGUAAUCACUAGAUGUGAUACAAUUUACAUUUCUGUUACGAACAGAUAUAGCUUUUUUUUUAUUCCGUGUUGUGUGUCCGAUUUUUAGUGUUCGUUUUUUUUUUGGGGGGGCUACGAAGGAGCUCUGUGAUCUCUCCUUUUUGUAUUUUUUUUUCCCCCAACAUGUAUGUCUUGGUUACCCUGUUCCAUACUAAUUAAAUGUUAUUUU